AUGGCAGAUUCCAGGAAUGAAUCUAAAAGAUUUAAAUCUAUGUUUCCUGUGGAUUCUAAGGAAAUACAGCAAUGGGAAGAACCUCCGAAAGUGGAUGUUCCGAUAGGCAGAUUAUCCAAGCAUACUACUAUUCCAGUGGAAGAAUCAUCUAUCAAAGACCUCUGGAUCGUAGAGCUGAAUGUGCCCCGAGAAGAUCUUAUUUUGCAGGGAUCUCUGGGUCAGUCCUUCAGUCCUGCCUGUCACCUGGAGAUUGUGAAAACAUUUGAGGAAUAUGAAUACAUACAAGAAGGAGACAUCAUGAUCGGAGGGGUGAUGACUGCACAUUUAAGUUUGGUGACUGAUAAUUUUCCUUGGAACAAAAAAGGGAGACUUAAGUGUAUUGAUCCCAGCCAACAGAAUUUUAGGCACUUUUUGGAUUUUAAAUUUGCUGUUGAGCAAAGUAACAAGGAUCCAGCACUUUUACCCAAUCUAACCCUGGGGUACCAUAUAUAUGAUUCCUGUGGGGAUGCACGGAAGGCGGUGAGGAGCGUACUACAGAUAUUAUCUGGUAUCAGGGAACCAGUUCCCAAUUACUCCUGUGUGAGAAAGAGAAACAUUGCUGGUUUCAUUGGAGAUCUUGGAACAGACACAACUAUACCCAUAGCCCAUACUCUGCAUAUUUAUGGCUUUUCCCAGAUCAGUUAUGGAGAUACAGAUCAUUUACUGGCUGAUAGAGGCACCUUCCCAUAUUUGUUUCAGACGGUACAGAAUGAAGAAAGCAGUUAUAUUGGUUUAGGCAAACUUCUGAGACAUUUUGGCUGGACCUGGGUUGGAAUAAUUACAUCUGAUGACAUCAGAGGAGAAAAAGAACAUCAACAUCUGAUCAAAUAUCUCUACAGGGAGGGCAUCUGUACAGACUUCACGAUAAAGAUAAACAUUGAGAAGCAUACUAAAACGGACAUAAAUAACAAUAUAGAUAUUAUUCAGAAAUCAUCUACCAGCAUUAUGUUACUUUGUGGAACUGUUGCCUACUUUGUUAUUGCAAGACUUAUACUUAUUAAAGAUGCAACACAAGAAAAAACAUUGAUCCUGUUCUCUAACUGGGGAACCAAUGAUGUGGCUGUCAGGUUCGACCUAAAAAUAUUUAAUUGCAGUUUGCUGUUUGUGCCAAGUCUCCAUUAUAAUCUUAAUACUGCAGAACUGGAGAGAUUUCUUGAUGACCUACAUCCUUCGAAAUACCCAGAAGACAGAUUACUUGAAAAUAUUUGGAUGAUUUUCCAUUUCUGUUUGUCAAAAAACCCAAUUAAGAAUCUUUUGUAUCAAUAUAUUUACUGGGAGGUUCUCCAUAACUGCACAGGACAGGAGCGGAUUACAGACCUGACCCAUUUUACAGCUGAUUCUAGUUAUUCCCAAGUUUAUCUGGCAGUUGAAAUGAUGUCUCACGCAAUUCAUGAUAUGAAUGUGCAGUUUAGUGGAAAUAUUGUGAAGAUCAUAGAAAUGUAUCAUUAUGAGCACCAGCUGCAACGUUACAUGAAAUCAAGACGAUAUAAAUCCUCCGACAAUCCAGACUUCUCCUUUAAUGAAAAUGUUGAUAUGUAUAUAAUAACAAGAUUCUGGAUCUAUAGCUUGAUUAUAACGGCUGAUAGUAAGGUGAUCAGAAAGCUCCUUGGUGAGAUCUUCCCGUGGGCUCCAUCAGAUCAACAGUUAAACUUCAACCUAACUUCCGUUACAUGGAAUGGAAAAAAAAUCCCAAAAGCUCAAUGUUCAGACAAUUGUCUCAGAGGAUUCAGGAAGGCGCCAAAGCCCAGAGCUCAGUCUUGCUGUUAUGAUUGUGUCCCAUGUUCAGAGGGAGAGAUCUCCAAUGAAACUGACAGUAUAAGCUGUUUCAAAUGCCCAGCCAUGGAAUGGCCAAAUGAGAGGAAAAAUCAAUGUAUUGCAAGAAAAGAAGAUUUUCUAUCAUACACCAAUAAUGUGAUUUCUAUAUUUGUUUCAUCUAUUGCUGUUUUCUUUUUCCAUAUUACCCUGUUGAUAUUUGGCAUCUUCAUUUCCUACCGUAACACCCCCAUAGUGAGAGCCAACAACAGGAGCCUGAGCUUCCUCCUCCUUGUCUCCAUCAAGCUGAGCUUCCUCAGUGUGUUUCUGUUCCUCGGUCGCCCUGUGGAUAUAACCUGCAUGCUGCGUAACAUCACUUUUGGAAUCACCUUCUCCAUAGCUGUCUCUUCUCUCAUGGCCAAGACUAUCAUGGUUUGUGUUGCUUUCAAAGCCACCAAGCCAGGGAGCUCAUGGAGAAAAUGGGUGGGAGUCAAACUGUCCAAUUCUGUAGUCUUGUUCUGCUCAUCCAUUCAAAUAAUAAUCUGCAUGACUUGGUUGUCCAUUUCUCCUCCCUUUCAGGAACUGGACCUUCACACUUACCCUGGAACCAUCAUCAUUCAGUGCAAUGAGGGCUCAGCUAUUGGCUUUUACUCAGUUAUUGGGUAUAUGGGGCUUCUGGCAGCUGUUAGUUUUGUUUUAGCAUUUGUAGCUCGGACAUUACCGGACAGUUUUAAUGAGGCCAAGUACAUCACUUUCAGCAUGUUGCUCUUCUGCAGUGUUUGGAUCACAAUGAUCCCGGCCUAUCUGAGCACUAAAGGCAAAAACACUGUGUGUGUGGAGAUAUUUGCCAUACUCACCUCAAGUGCUGGACUUUUAUUCUGUAUCUUUCUGCCAAAAUGUUAUAUUAUUUUAUUUAGACCUGAAAUUAAUACAAAAUCCCACUUAUUAGGAAAUAAAAAGUAA